AUGCCUCGCUCUCGGUCCAGGUCUCGAAACAGACACCAUGGGGGUAAUAGCUCCCGGGCGCUGAAAAUUGCCGUUGAUCGGGUUCGAAAGAACACGACUUCCAACCUUAACGAGCUCAUGAUCAUUGGUAUUGACUUUGGAACCACAUAUUCUGGCGCUGCAUGGGCCACUGUGGCAGACAUCGAAGCCGACGGUGUUAAUAUUGUUACCAGUUGGCCAGACACUGGCGCUCAAGAAGGUAAAGCUCCGACUGAACUCUUCUACGAACAUGGUAAAACUACAUGGGGCUACGGGGUUCCUCUUGAGGUUGAGCCUGUGCGAUGGUUCAAAUUACUCCUGUUAAAGGAAGAGGAUCAGCCACGAGAGAUCAGAGACCAUGAGUACCUUAUAAAGGCUCGCAAUAUGUUGGCCGAUGAAGGAAAGUCCACAGUGGAUGCUAUCGCUGACUACCUGCGUCUUCUCUGGGGUCAUGUGCUGGAGAUAAUAAUCAAGGCACGCGGUAAGAAUGUCGUCGAAGCUCUCUGUUUUCAUGUUGUCAUCACAGUCCCUGCCAUCUGGAAGAACUACGCCCGUGCUUCUAUGCUUGAGGCAGCUCAAAGCGCUGGCAUCACAGCUUCUCGUCGUGCAGGGCCGACAACUAUCUCGUUUGCGCCUGAACCUGAGGCUGCAGCUCUAGCUUCGAUCUGUGAGAGAGCAGAAGACCUAGAAGAAGGUGACGUUUUUGUCAUUUGUGACGCGGGAGGCGGAACAGUGGUAAGAUAUACCGACUUUAUGGUGCAACAAGAACUAAUCGCUUAUCUGAUUCAGGAUCUCAUUAGCUACAAGGUUGAGAGUGUAGAUCCCCCUGCCCUUCAGGAGGCUGUUGUCGGUUCAGGCGGUUUAUGUGGAGGUAUCUUUGUGGAUCAGAAAUUCCAACGUAUCUGCAAAGCAAGACUUGGCCGUCAUUGGAGUAGCCUGAGUCAGACCGGUAUCAUGGAAAUCAUGAAGAAUGAAUGGGAGAACGGAAUCAAGCGACACUUCAAACCUGUAAGUUCCGGCAAAGAAUUCAUCGUCAGGAUUCCUGCCGAGGUCUACAAGGGAGCCGGGCCAAGUGCCGUGGACGACAGUUCAAAGAAGCCCAUCAUAAAAGAUGGUCGGAUUCACUUCCGUAGCGAGGAUAUCGAACAGACGUUUCUCAACAGCUUCACAAGUAUUGCAACGUUACUGGAUGCACAGAUUGAUCAGACCAAGAGAUCAAAUCUCAAGGUCAAGGGUAUUAUUCUUGUGGGAGGCCUUGGUUGCAGUCCCUAUCUCCAGGAAUACCUCAAGGUAAAAUAUAAAAGGAAAAACAUUGAAGUCUUACAAACAGACGGAAUAAAACCUCGAACAGCAAUUUGUCGAGGAGCAAUCUACAAGGGACUAAUCGGUGGUGCUGAAGCCGCACGUGCAACUACAGGAGGUGCCGACGCAGGACGUUCGGGUAGACAUGGCAGAGAACUAAACCUACUUGAGCACAAGAGCCCUGUUACGGUCACUUCAACUCUCUCACGACUCAGUCUGGGCGUCGAAUAUAUAAGGCCGUACGACGAAGACAUCGACGCCGUGUCAGAUAGGUUUUGGAAUGAUGAAGAAGACUGCUACUACGUUAAGAGAGCUAUGAAGUGGUACAUCAAAAAGGGCCAGAACGUAAAAAAGAAUGAACCAUUACGAAGAUCCUUUUAUCGAACUUUCAAGGAUAGAAAAGAUGUACUGCAGUGCGACCUUGAACGGCCUCCUGAUAAGAGUAACCGUCUGGUUACCGAUUUCUGUCAAAUUAAAGUAGAUUUGAAAAAAAGCUUUGAAGACCUGGAUGACUAUGACACUCCAAGUGGAAUGCGAGUCAAGAACAUCGACUAUGAGAUAGAAAUGAUCCCAUCAGGAGCUUCUGUUGAGUUUUCUGUUUAUUACAAAGGCCGAAAGGUUGGGUCUAGUGGUAUGGGUAGUAUCAUGGGCGGUGUUUGA